AUGCGUUUUGAUGCCGGGAGCCAGCUACGGGCCGAGCGUUCUUCCACACAGAAUGUCCGUCCCUACUUCGCUGGGAUGAUCAGCUGCUGCGCGGUCCUGUCCAGGAGCAGAGCGAUGCGAGCAAAGGUUCGGCGGUGGCACGGGCAAGGUCUGCAGACGGUGCCAUGGCGCGAAGACGACCUUCGACAAGAGGGCUGGAGACCUUUGGGCACCUACCACGAUGCCUCUGACCCGGAACACGGCGAGGCAACCAUCUACAUAAAGGACGACGCCGUGCGAAUUUGCCACAGCAUCUACGGACCCGUCCCUUGCAGCGACGGUGUGAUCUUGCAGCAUGACGAGGACGUCUACGAUGUUCAGAUGGGCGGUAUGCAGGGGCGGAUUGACGCCGAGGGCUUUCAUUGCAGCGGCUACCUGAAUCCGACAGUCGCUGCCGCUGCUCCACCGCCGGCAACUCCGGAGCCGGAGGUGAGCCGACAGCCCAUGACAUCGGCGCCCAUCACCGAGCCCAAGCUCCAGAAGGCGUGUCGCAACCUGGCUGCCAUCUUGGGCCCUGGGGCCUUCCCGAAGGAAGACUACGAGUCUAUGAUGAAUCAAGGCAGCGCCUCAGACGCGCUCCUUUCAGAGGUCAAGGCCAUGGGAGAUGACUACGGGGGGUGGGCCGCCUUCGAAGCAAGUCGGGAACACGAGGAGACUCCCGAGCAGCACAUUUCGGGCAAGCGGCAUCGACAACUUCGCCGGGAGAUUCGUUCCCGAUUCUUCGUUCCCGGUGCAGGCCGUUUCUUUGAAGAGGUUGCCUAUGACAGCUGGCGUCAGCAGCAGAAUGCACGAUGGCUUCCCACCGUAACUGAGCUCCGCACGGAAGGCUACAUGCUAACGCACUUCGAGGAGCUCCAAAAGGAGGCAGAGGACGCAGCAGACUGUGUCCGUCGAACUCUCCUCACCGGUUCGGAGCAGCUCGUGUCCUACGUGCUGCGGUAUUACGCCUUCUGGGCAGUGGAUCAGCAUGCUCGGCGGUUGGACGAGGUCGAAGAGGCAGUGCGGGCAGAUGCAGCGGCACUGAAGAACAAACCCAAGGUUUUGCUUCUACGCAUAGAGCGGGAGCGGAAGAAGAGGUUAGCUGCAGAGAGGGCGAAACGGGACAAGCCCUUCGAGCACCUGCAGAUGAUACCGCCGCUGCCGGUUCCGGGAGAAGCCUUGGAGUUUCGCGUGCUGUCAAGCGAGGAGCAGGUUCGCGAAGCUGCCGAAAGACUGAAGAACUGCGCGGCCACUUACAUUCCCGAUGUCGUCGCGCAGAAAUGCGCUCUGGUUGGCUUGUUCCCGAAGCAGAAAGGCGACAGAGACAAAGCGUCCAAAAUUUUUGCCAUGGGUGAGCUCUUCGUUAAUCUCUCCGAACACGGGAAAAUCGUGACGAGAUGGGGGCAACGAGUUAAGGCUUGCAACAAGUCGGUGACGAAGAGGCAAAAAAUUAGUUUCAACUGGGCCGGACGGAGGUUCUCCGAGCUGUGGACAAAGGCCAUCGAAUACGAGCUAGACGAAGUCUUGCCAAAGCAGGCAUCAGGCGAGACAGCGAUGGCGGAGUCAGCGGACCGCGUUUUGUCGGCUUUUGGGCGUCUCAGCUCCCUAGGCCUAAAGAGCCUCGCAAACCGCUCGCUGCUUUCUGAAUUGUCGUUUCCUUGUUCACAGUUGGUCGGCGCAUUGACCGAGCCCUUGCUGUCGGCUGCAGAGGCCGGCGAUGACUCUUUCGCCAGGAGUAUCAUCUCGCAACUAUUGAAAGCUGGAGUGGUACAAGAGCAGACGAAGGCCAUUCUCCAGCAAGCUCUCCGACUUGACCAGGAUGCGAAGCUCACAGUGCUGCUUUCUGAAUUGCCGUUUCCUUGCUCACAGUUGGUCGGCGCAUUGACCGAGCCCUUGCUGUCGGCUGCAAAGGCGGGCGAUGACUCUCUCGCCAGGAGUAUCAUCUCGAAACUAUUGAAAGCUGGAGUGGCACACGAGCAGACGAAUUCCAUUUUCCAGCAAGCUCUCCGACUCAAAAAGAAUGCGAAGCUCACAGUGCUGCUUUCGGAACUGCCGUUUCCUUGCUCAAACUUGGUCGGCGCAUUGACCAAGCCCUUGCUGUCGGCGGCAAAGGUGGGCGAUGACUCUCUCACACAGAGUAUCAUCUCGAAGCUGUUGAAAGCUGGAGUGGCGCAAGAUCAGACGAAGUCAUUUUUCAAGAAAGCUCUCCGACUUGAUAAGGAUGUGAAGCUUCGUGCGCUGCUCUCUGAAUUUCCACUUCGGCGGCAGUGGAGCCUUCUCAAGUGA